AUGGAGUGCGGAAAAAGCUUUAGUGAUAAUGGAAAGCUUAGAACACAUCAACGGACCCACACAGGGGAGAAACCAUUUAAAUGUAUGGAGUGCGGAAAGAGCUUCAGUUUCAGUGGAAACCUUAGAAAACAUCAAAGGAUUCACACGGGGGAGAAACCAUAUAAAUGUAUGGAGUGCGGAAAGAGCUUCAGUCAGAAUGGACAACUCAAUAUACAUCAACGGACUCACACAGGGGAGAAACCAUAUAAAUGCAUGGAGUGCGGAAAGAGCUUCAGUUUCAGUGGAAACCUUAGAAACCAUCAACGGACUCAUUCAGGGGAGAAACCAUAUGAAUGUAUGGAGUGCGGAAAGAGCUUUACUGAUAAUGGAAACCUUAGAAAACAUCAACGGACUCAUUCUGGGGAGAAACCAUAUAAAUGUAUGGAGUGCAGAAAGAGCUUCAGUCGGAAUGGAGUACUUAAAUUACACCAGCGGAUUCACACAGGGGAGAAACCAUAUAAAUGCAUGGAGUGUGGAAAGAGCUUCAGUCAGAGUGGACACCUCAGUAUACAUCAACGGACUCACACAGGGGUGAAACCAUUUGAAUGCCUGGAUUGUGGAAAGUGCUUCAGUCAGAAUGGAGACCUUAAAUUACACCAGCGGAUUCACACAGGGGAGAAACCAUAUAAAUGUAUGGAGUGUGGAAACGGUUUUAGUGAUAAUGGAAGCCUUAGAAAACAUCAACGAAUUCACACAGGGGAGAAACCCUAUAAAUGUAUGGAGUGCGGAAAGAGCUUUCAUGAUAACGGAAACCUUAGAACACAUCAACGGACUCACACAGGGGCGAAACCCUAUAAAUGUAUGGAGUGUGGAAAGAGCUUCAGUCAGAAUGGACACCUCAAUAUACAUCAACGGACUCACACAGGGGAGAAACCAUAUAAAUGCAUGGAGUGCGGAAAGAGCUUUCAUGAUAACCGAAACCUUAGAACACAUCAACGGACUCACACAGGGGCGAAACCAUAUAAAUGUAUGGAGUGUGGAAAGAGCUUCAGUCAGAAUGGACACCUCAAUAUACAUCAACGGACUCACACAGGGGAGAAACCAUAUAAAUGCAUGGAGUGCGGAAAGAGCUUUCAUCAUAACGGAAACCUUAGAACACAUCAACGGACUCAUACAGGGGAGAAACCAUAUAAAUGCAUGGAGUGCGGAAUGAGCUUCAGUCAGAGUGGAAAACUUAGAAAACAUCAGCAGACACACAGGGGAGAAACUGCUUAAAUGUAUGGACUGUGGAAGGAGCUCCAGUCAGAGUGGAACCCUUGAUUUAUGCGAACAAACUCACACAAAACACAAACUGUCUAAAUAUCAGGAAAAUAGGUAGAGUUUCAAUCCUAGCUGAAGUUCUAACUCAACAGACUCACGGACAGGAAGAACUUUAGGAGUUGAAACUUCAAUAUACAUCAACGGACUCACACGGGGGAGAAACCAUAUGAAUGUAUGAAGUGCGGAAAGAGCUUUCGUGAUAAUGGAACCCUUAGAAGACAUCAACAGACUCACACAGGGGAGAAACCAUUUAAUUGCAUGGAGUGCGGAAGGAAAUUCAGUCAGAGUGGACACCUCAGCGUGCAUCAACUGACUCACACAGGGGAGAAACCAUAUGAAUGAUUUGUUCUCAGGAGCUAAGUUUUGUGCCUCACUGGGGUCCCAGUCAUAACUGUAGCCUUUGAAAGCUCAGUAAACUAUUACUGAAGAAGUCCUGCUGCCUUUGUGUAUCUUUUUGACCUCAGUGUGGCACUUGCUCUACACAUGGCCCCUACCCUGCUGCUACUUAGCUCAUGCCCUGGAGUUGCUGUACUCAAGCACACAAGAUGGUUUUUGCACCAAACUCUGUCACCCCCACCACUACAUGAUCUCCAAACACUUCUUCUUCAACAGAACCUCAUCCCUGCCCCCGUGUGUUCUGAAGAAAACUUGAAAUACUGAAAUUCAAUGGGAGAUUUCCCCCCAAAGCCUAAGUUCAAGAGGGGGAAUAUGGGGCUGCAGGUACCAGGGAAGUCUCCUGGUGGGCCCAUCUUCACUCAUGAACCCCAUGGGUCAACCUGCUUAUUCUGGGGUUUGAGAAGCAGUUUAAAUGAAAAGAUUGCAAAAAGUGCUUUAUUUAUAAUGGAGUGUUUAAGGAACAUCCAGGGACUCUCACAAGGAAGAACCCAUUUAUAUGUAUGGCGUGCAGGACGUGUUCCUUUCAGUGUUCACUCAUUUCUUCAGAGAACUGAACUCAGCAGGAAAUCAGUCUUAAAUGCAUGAUGCGUAUGUGAAGUUCUGGUGUUUAUAUGUAAAACGGUAUAGUAAUGAAAUAAUGAAGGUAAUGUCUCACAAUCAGGAGAAUAAUUUUAGAUUUAAAGUACCUUUUGAUAGUGAGGGGGAGAGGGUGAAUCUGGAUUGCGGGUGAUGAGUGAGGAUUAGGGCUGAGCUAUAUAUUGAUAUCUUGUCCAAUACCGGUUUUUAGACCACAUCGUGAUAAUCUUUGAAAAACAAUUGAUAUGGCAAUACACCGUGAAUCAUAGUGUGUGUUUCUGGGAUGUGCCUGGAAGCAGCGGCAGAAAGCUCUGCUUUGUGAACCCCCUGCAGAUGCUGAGUUGCUGACUUCCCUCCAAGACGACAGGAAGCGAAAGACACACAUCCAUUGCCCUGUGUCCUUCCAGCCUCUUUCCUCCCUUGCUCCCUUCUGCCGGUGUGUGUGCCUGACUUAGAUAUCCUGUGUGCUGUAUUUUUUUACUGCUGAAACUGGAUUUGCUCUCAGGAGCUAAGUUUUGUGCCUCACUGUGGACCCAGUGAGAACUGUAUGCUUUGAAAGCUCAGUAAACUAUUACUGAAGAAGUCCUGCU